AGGAUCGAAAGACCAGAACCGGAAUAGCAAGUCACCCGAUAAGUCGUGCGCGAAAAUGUUUGAAGUGUUCGAUAAACCUCUUGCGGAUCCUGUCCAGCUGCCGCUGGUCGGAAAUAUCCGGACUUCGGUUAUUAUUAUAACAGUAUACUUACUGUUUGUACUGAAGCUGGGCAGGGAUCUGAUGGCAAAGCAUGAGGCUCUUCAGCUACGUGGAGUCCUUAAGGUCUACAACAUAGGACAGGUCCUAUUCAACACGGUGAUGUUUCUGGGUGGCAUACACCUCAUCUUCCUGUCCAGGCCGUACAACCUGAGCUGCAUGACAGUCCUGCCGCAGGAUCACGAGCUCAAGUCCACGGAGAGGACGCUAGCCUACCUGUACCAUUUGAACAAGCUGCUCGACCUGCUGGACACCAUCUUCUUUGUGCUGCGCAAGAAACCUCGGCAGAUUACCUUCCUCCACGUAUUCCACCAUGUCUUUAUGGUCAUCACGUCGCACCUGUUGAUUCGAUUCUACGGUUACGGUGGUCAUGUCUUCCUUAUCUGCAUGUUCAACAUCCUGGUGCACAUGGUGAUGUAUGGCUACUAUUACGCCUCUUCGCAGAGCAAGAAUGUCCAGGGCCUCUGGUGGAAGAAGUACCUCACUUUGGGACAGUUGGUGCAGUUCCUCAUGAUGUUCCUGCACUGCACAUACACCCUGUUCCAGCCCAACUGCUCGGCAUCUCGGGGUGUUAUCUAUGUCAUAAGUUCGGCCAGUCUGUUCAUGUUUGUGAUGUUCUCCAAUUUCUAUGUGAAGACCUACAUUCGACCCAAGGAGGUCAAGUCCAAGGGCAAGGCCAACUGAUUGCACCUGUUACACUGUGAUUAAAAGUGGCUUGUUGAGUUUA